UCUGUCAACAGAAUAUUCCUGAGUAAAUGAGGCACAAGACGGAACCCCCGAUGAAGCGCCCUGGUUUCCAGCGGACGGUAUUUAGUGGAGUACCAGUGAGGGCAGAGAAGCCGGAAGUGGCGGUGGUGCUGGCGGAAAGCGAUGGCCGGUCGUUGUGUUGGGGUGCUAUGCCGGAGGUUGUGCUCCAGCAGUGCGGCCCCGGUGGCGGCAGAGCAAGUGAAGCUGGGCUUCUGGCAGCGGAUGAAAAACAAGAAGUUCGUUGUCUGGACCAAACACCUCCUGCGUGAUUAUGGUGAAGCCUGUAAGGACAUUGUUGUUGGUGCCAAGGAACGCCCGGGCAAGGCCACUCUGUACAUCUCCCUUCUAGCAGGUGUUGGCAUAUGUUCAUCCAAAGCACCCUCUGAGGACUCCUUUCAAUGCUCCCUGCUAGAGGCUUCCUCCUGUCUCCUCCUCCUCUCACCCUGGACGCGAAACGGGAGUUCUGACCAACACGUACAGCGACUGAUGGAGCUGAGGAACGAGGGACGUCUGCGCCAUAUCAACUUCAUGCUCUUCUCUCUUAUGUACGAAGCGCCUUAUGAUCCUGACUGUGACCUGUACUCCUCCCAGUGUUCCCAUCUGAAGUCUCGCUGGGCAGAGUUCCCCAGCAGGGUGCUGGACAUUGGCUUCUUCGGAAACUGGUGGCGUCUCCAGAAUAAGAUGAAAGACUUUGAUAUAAACGAGGAGGAGUUUACUCACCUUCCUGCACACAUGAGGACCAUUUCCCAUAACGAUCUUCACUCUGAGGAGAAUGAGAGGCUCAAUCAGAGCAGAAUCAGAACAGUUGUCGUCAUGUCAAAAGAUCAGUUAAAACAAAUUGAAAUGUCGGAGGAUAAAUUUAAUAAAAUUGAAAUGUCAAAUAAGUUAAAAGAAACUGAAAUCUCAAAGGAGGAUCGGUUAAAUCCAACCGAAAUCUCAAAGGAGGAUCGGUUAAAUCAAGUCGAAAUGUCAGAGGAGGAUCGGUUAGAGCAAAUCGAAAAGUCGGUGGAGGAUCUUUUGGAUCAAAUUGAAAUGUCAGAAGAGGAUCAGUAAAUCAUAUUGAACAUAUUUAUUUCUAGAUAUGCAGAUGUAUUCCUGUCCCUUUAGUAAUGUAUAUAUGUGCAUAUUUUAGUUGUAUGAUGAUAAAUAAAUAGGAGAGAACGUUG